CUUUUGACUGGUAAAAAUUUAACUAAUCUCAAAAUGAAUAUGCAACUUAAUGAAUUUGAUACAGUGAUGGAACAGAUUGGUUUUGGAAAAGUUCACUGUUAUAUUAUGCUUACUUUGGGCUUGCUACAGAUGUUAACCAUACAUGAAACAAUGGGAAUGGGUAUUAUUGCACCUUCCGCGGUAUGCGAUCUUCGUAUGAGUCUUGUACAGCUGUCGACAAUAACAGCUGCGGCUUUUUUGGGCAUCAUAUGUUCUUCUUACUUCUGGGGCUAUAUUACGGAUAAAAUGGGUCGUCGAUGGAUUUUAUUACACACUAUAUCAAUUAGUAAUUUUUGCUCGAUAAUUUCAAUGUUUAUGGUCAGCUUUACCAGCUUUUUUGUAAUGCGGUUCCUCACAGUGUUGCUGGUCCCAGCUUUGUAGCUGUUACUUAUCUCAGCGAAUUUUGCAACAAACAAAUUUUAGCACGCGCUGUAACACACAUGUAUAUGUUUACAGGCUU